GUAGAGAGCUUGUCGAGAACAUAGAAUUCGAGAACAGGACAAGGAAACUUGCUUCAGACAAUCUGGACCUGAUGUCAACGCCCCAAGACACUCUGGAUACUAUCGAGAGAAUAGAUACAAUCGUAGGUACUGUGAAAACGAAACAGCAACAAGUAGAAGAAGCCUGGAUUGACAUGAAGAAAUCAUUCAUUGAUACCAAAGAUUUGACUCACCUUGAAGAGAAAAUAGUCAAAGUCACCAGUUGGAUACUCGGGCAUGCAGAAACGCUGCUCAAUUCCCAACAGAAAGUUGGGUAUGAUGUGGCUUCAGCAGAAGAACUCAGAAGAGAACACGAGGCUAUAGAACUGGAGUGUUGGGAGGCCUACGGAACUUAUGCGGAACUCAUUCACCGAACAAAAAACCUUAACAAUACCGAUACUCUAUCGGUGCAGAUGAAAGAUUUGAUCUCGCAGAAGGACUUCAUGGAUUUCGUUUGCAGAAGUUUCGCUUUGAGGUUGGAGAGGAGGCGGAACAUCCUCAUAACCUCUCUGAGGUUCUUCAGGCUGGUUUCUGAGUACUUUGAUAGGACUGGGGAGGUGUUCGAUUCGCUAGUCAUGGGGGGUAAUAUUGCUGAUUUUGAAGCAGCGGGAGAGAAGUUGAAAGAAUUGCAAGAAAGUCAAGCAAAAUUAGAUUCCGUAGAAUCCAAACUCAGGAAAGAAGGUGAAAAACUCUCUGAUAUGCUCUCGAUGCCGGUGAAAGACUCGCUAGGAAGAGAAUUAUCUGUUGACUACACCGAGGAUAUAAUCAACAUAAGAGACGUUCUGGACGCUACAACAGCUAGAAAAAACAUUUUCUCGGACAGCGUAGAAUUGCAGAAACUCACCCUCAAGCAAGUCACUCACAUCGAUUGUUACGAAAAAGACACCAAUCAAGCGAUUCAGUGGUUAGAUGAAUUACUGCAGGUUAUGUUGAAGGACCACGGACAUGUGGGUUGUACCGUACACGAGAUCCAAAGGCAAAAAGAUGAACACCAAACAUUUCAAGAAACAGCAAAGGGUACCUACAAUUACGGUUGCCAACUCCUGAAUGCAUCUUUAGUAUUGAGGCAAUCCUGCAAAUUACCCCUUGAUGAUCAUGCUAACCUUUACCAGAAACUGAAGACCUCUUGGCAGAAAUUAUUAACGGUGAGCCAGGAACAAAUGACCAGAUUGAGGGUGUCGGCUGUAUUUCACAGAUCCGUGGAAGACCAGUGCAACCAGAUGAGAAAUCUGAGAGAAGCAGUAGCUACUAUUCCAUUGAUGGAGUUGACGAAGAAAAGAGAGACACUUGAUCAAUAUUUUGGUAUCAGGGAAAAAUUGAUCGUGGAGGUUGGCAGGAUGGUGAGACUGGGAAGGUUGCUGAGGAGCCGAUUGAGAGAUCCCUUGUGCUACGAAGAACAACUGUUGAGUUCCUUCGUAAGUGCCGAAAACGAAGAUAUCGAAGAUUUCUGCGAUUCCGUAACGAACAAUGAAAUAGCUGUAGAGGCGAUCUCCGAGAAGCUUUCAGAAGUUACCGAAUUAGCGGAAGAGCUUGAUCAAGCUUUGCAUAGUGCCCAGCAAGACUGUAUAGUGUUUUCGACGUCGACUUCCACCUCAACCUCUACGUCUACUGUCAGUGACUUGUUCUCGAAGAAAGUUAUGGAGAACAAUUCCAAUGCAGAGAAACUGUCAAAACAAGACGACCUGAAAUCUGACGAUGAAUUUUUGACAGCUUCCGAAUGCACCCUGCAGCACUCCCGCUCCUCCUCAUACAACACGGCCUCGGAGUGCGAGCACCGCUACUCCCCCUGGUGGGAGUUCGGCAAAGAUGACAUGCACAAGGACAUCUCCAAGGAGAAAAUGGUGCUGGCCGUCGGCUUACCGGAGCUGCCGCUUGCGAAAGAAGUUCUGAAACCUUCCCCUGAGGUUCCACCAGGCAAAAUCGUCCACGAGGUUACGGAGACCACUCAUAUCAAGGUCCAGCAGUCCCACACCCUGGGAGUGUCUUCUUUCGUGUUGACCUCUGAAACGGUGCGGGAUAAAAAGAAUGCAGAGGCUGCAGCUAAGGAGGAAGUCAUCAAAGUUGUUACCGAGGAUCGAAGAGAAAUGGCUACGGCAGGAGGAAGUAAGGACUACGACGAAGAAGAGUUGGAGAAGAGGAUGAAAGAGGUAGGUCGGUUUGAUGGUGAUGCGUGGAAGAACUACCAAAAAGUCACAAAGCAAGCGAUCAAAGGUUUCAUCUAACAUAUUUUUAGGAUGUCUAUCGAGAUCUCUCUAAACAAAGUAGUACUUGUUCCGAAGUAUUCAAUAUACAAUAUUACCAAAA